UCGGCGAGAGAAGAGCCCGGAUGAUGCAGGAGGAUGGAGGAGCCGCCCGGGAGGAGGAGGAGGAGAGCGGCCCCCGCGGAGCAGCCCUGCCCGGCCCCGUCGCGGGUUCCAUGGGCGACGGCGGGGAAAGGCCUCGAGGCCCCUGGGCUGCAUGUGGGAUGAGCCCAGGGGGACCCCGGGAAAGGCGGCUGCGCGGAGGGCGAUGCGGGGAGAAGGACACGAGCGAAGACCCCGAGACGGGCCUGCAGGGCGGAGGGUUCCUCAGAAGCCCCGGGAGGCCCCGAAGGAUCCAGGAGGGAGGAAAGAGAUUUCAGUGCCCGGAAUGCGAAAAAUCCUUCAAAAGAAAGGACCAUCUUCAGAGCCAUCUAAUCAUCCACUCGGGACAGAAACCUCAUAAAUGCCUGGAGUGUGGAAAGAGCUUCAGUCAUACCAGCAAACUUUAUGCACACCAAAGAAUCCACACAGGAGAAAAACCUCACAAAUGCCCGAUGUGUGGAAAGACCUUCAGAUAUAGAAGCAGCCUUUACGUACACAAAAGAAUCCACACAGGAGAGAAACCUUAUAAAUGCCUGGAGUGUGGAAAGAGCUUUACACAUAGCAGCAACCUUUACACACACCAAAGAAUCCACACAGGAGAGAAACCUUAUAAAUGCCUGGAGUGUGGAAAGAGCUUCAGUAAGAGGAGAAGCCUUUAUACACAUCAAAGGAUCCACACAGGGGAGAAACGUUCUAAGUGCCUAGAGUGUGGAAAGAGCUUCAGACAGUUGGGAACCCUUUGGAGACAUCAAAAAAUCCACUGGAGAGAGAAACUGAAUAAAUGCCUGGAGGGUGGAGGAUCCAUUGAAAGACCCGGGAUUCCGCAAAGGAUCCCGGAGGGAGGAAAGGAAUAUCAGUGCCCGGAAUGCGAAAAACACUUCAAAAGAAAUUCACAUCUUCAAAAGCACCUAAGGAUGCACUCAGGACAGAAACCUCACAAAUGCCUGGAGUGUGGAAAGAGCUUCUCUCUGAAGCAUCACCUUCAUAAGCAUCAAAAGACCCAUUCGGGAGAGAAACCUUAUAAGUGCUUGGAGUGCGGAAAGAGCUUCAGCGAGAGAAGCACCCUUUAUAGACAUCAAAAGAUCCACUUGAGAGAGAAAGCAAAUAAAUGCCUGGAGGGUGGAGGGUCCUUCAGAAGACCCAGGAAUCCCCAAAGGA